UAUCUGUGAGAGAUAAGAAGACUUGGGGUAAUUAGUAGAUUCAGCUGGGUAAAGUAGGUGAUUUCUCACCUUAUUAUACUUCAAGUUUGUGUUGGGUACAGGGAAGAGAAGUGUUUUAGUGGAGAAGCCAGAUAGAGGCUAGAGAGUGGGAGAGCUGUAAGAAAAAGUAAUUGUAGAGGAGUUUUAGAACUUGGGUAAACUUCCGCGGAAGUAGCUUUGCAUGCUGUUGCCCUGCAGAAGAGAAGAGAACUAGAGAAAUCUUGAAAUGAACUAAAAAGUGCAUGUCUGUAGGUGUAAGGUACUUUUUGCUGAGAUGUUUUUGGAAGAAGCCCUAUGAACUACUUUUCUGGAAAAAAGGAAAAUCAGAAAAGGAAACCUACCUGUUUCUCAGAAUUUCAAACGUGAAAGUGUGUCUCUCUGAAGUAAGAAGCAGUGAUCCCCCAAGCGCCUCUGAAGUGUGAAAUACAGAGUUACUUAGUUUUGCUCUUAUUGUGAGAAGUUCUCACCCAUAAGCUUCAAAAAUGAAUUUUCUCCGAAGGCGCCUCUCAGACAGCAGUUUCGUGGCCAACUUGCCCAAUGGCUACAUGAUGGACCUGCAGCGUCCGGAUAACUCCACCAGCUCUCCAGUUUCUCCAGCAACUGAAAGGAAGCAGCAACAGCCACUGUCUCAGAAGCCUCCUUCUCCCUCUCCUGGAACUAGCAUCUUCAGUUCCAUCUCCAGUGCCAUGAAGCACACGACCCAAGCAGCAGCAGGACUGAUUGAGCACUCGGCAAGUCCUGCCCCUGUGGCCCAGAAACCCAAGAUCCUUUUGGUGAUUGAUGAUGUGCACACAGAUUGGGCCAAGUAUUUCCAGGGGAAGAAGGUGAAUGGAGAUUUUGAGAUCCGAGUGGAACAGGCUGAGUUCUCAGAGCUGAAUCUUGCUGCUUACGUUACUGGCGGCUGCAUGGUGGACAUGCAAGUGAUGAGGAAUGGCACCAAGGUAGUAAGAUCUUUCAAGCCCGACUUUGUUCUGAUUCGACAGCAUGCUUACAGCAUGGCCCUUGGAGAAGACUUCCGCAACCUCAUCAUUGGCUUUCAGUAUGGUGGAGUUCAUAGUGUCAACUCCCUAUACUCCAUUUACAACUUCUGCAGCAAGCCCUGGGUGUUUUCUCAGCUAAUUAAAAUCUUCAACUUAUUGGGUCCUGAGAAGUUUCCACUUGUGGACCAAACAUUCUUCCCAAGCCAUAAGCAGAUGCUCACAACCCCGAAUUUCCCUGUAGUGGUCAAGCUGGGACAUGCCCAUGCUGGAAUGGGGAAGGUAAAAGUUGAGAACCAGUAUGACUUCCAGGACAUGGCCAGCGUUGUAGCCAUGGCAAAAACCUACGCCACUACUGAGCCGUUCAUCGAUUCCAAGUACGACAUCCGUAUCCAGAAAAUUGGCAACAAUUACAAGGCUUACAUGAGAACGUCCAUCUCUGGAAACUGGAAGGCAAACACGGGGUCGGCCAUGCUGGAACAGAUCGCUAUGACAGAGAGGUACAGACUCUGGGCGGAUGCCUGUGCAGAGAUGUUUGGAGGUCUUGAUAUUUGUGCUGUCAAAGCCGUCCACAGCAAGGAUGGGAAAGACUAUAUCAUUGAGGUGAUGGACAGCUCAAUGCCCCUUAUCGGGGAGCAUGUGGAGGAGGACAGGCAACUCAUAGCUGAUCUAGUUGUCUCCAAAAUGGCUCAGCUUCUUGUGACUGCAGGAUCUAUCCCCUCACCUCUAAGGCCUUGGCCUCAGCAAGUCCAGCCUCAGCAAAUGAAAUCACAGAUGCAGCCUCAGCCUGGACCCCAGUUUGGACAACUGUCCCAGCCACGACCACCUCCUCAAGGAGGUCCACGUCAGCCUCAGGGAUCUCCAUCUUCCCGGACAGGAGCACCUCCCCAACAACGGCUCUCUCCUCAGGGACAGCAGCCCCAAAGUCCCCAGUCCAGCUCACCUCAACAACAGAGGUCACCUGGAUCCCCACAGCAAUCACGAUCAGCCACUGGGACCUCCCCAGUUCAGGCCUCCAAGCCAGGCACCUUCCCUCCACAACAGCCUCGGCCCCCUGCACAAGGACGGGCUCCUGGUCCACAAAGCCUGGGUGAAAUGUCCAAGCAGCAGGCCCCUCCACAUCCACAUCUAAACAAGUCCCAGUCCUUGACAAACACCUUCAGCAUAUCUGACUCAUCUCAGCGGGGGAAUGCCAGUGAAGAUGAGGCAAAAGCUGAAACCAUCCGCAACCUGAGGAAGUCAUUUGCUAGCCUGUUUUCUGAUUAAUAGCCUUGAAGUCAAACCAGUGAUUUUGUUAGCCCAUGUUCUUCAUAUCAACCUGCCUGAUGUCAUCCAGGAAUUUACUCAGUGGUAACUAAUGGUUCAUGCAGAAUCUGAACAGAACCCUGAAAGAGAUCUUAGCUUAUUCCCUGGGUAAAAAGGAAGUUAGAAACCUGUACAUCUUUCCAUUUUAUUUGAAGGAUUGUUCCAACAUCGAUCAGAAAAGUGAUAAUGUAAAAACACUGCACUUUC